AUGGCCUCCUUCUUGCUCAUGCUCGCCGCGGCCGCGUCCUUCGUCAAGGGCUGCGAGAUCCCAACCGACGAGCUCCCCAACACCAUCACGGAAGAGUUCGCCAUCCAGGUCCAGAACCCUGCGUUCCCCGAGAUCCACAACCGUCUAUACAACAUCUGGUCGUCCGGCGGCGGCGACCAGCACCCGUUCCUGUCGCCCGCGGGCAACUCCACUGACGAGCUGACCCUGGUCGACGGCGUCAUCACCAUGGCGACCGUCGUCCCGACCAUCCGCGCAGUCAUCAACGGCGAGUACACCGAGACGGACAACACCACCAAGCUGUUCAUGACGGAGCGCGGAGACCCGCGUGCCGUCUUCCACCCCAUCUACAGCUGCAACCCCGACACGGACGAGCUGCAGACCGAGCUCGCGUUCGUGGCCCGCGCCCUCGAGGGCGAGGCGCCCGGCGGACACAUCUGCGUGCGCUCUGCGUCGGGCGAGAGGCACGAGUUCCGAUGGUCGCCCGCCGGAAACCCGACACUCUGA